CACCACUUUUUGAACACUAUAAAUAGAGGUGAUCCUCUUGCUACUGGAAGCAACCUAAACAUUUCUUUUUUCACCUUCAAAGAAAAUGGCACCAAAUUCAUCACUAUCAUCAUCGUUGUCCAUUAAACUAUGUUUCACUUUCAUGCUGGCAUUCUUAGCCUUGUCCGCUACGGCCAAGCCUCGUCCUCCAUGUAAGGAGAAAAAGCUGACUUUGUACGCCCAAGAUAUCGCCGUGGGAGCACCAAAUGCAACCAAUAUGAUUGUCGCCGGUCCAGGAAACUGGACUUUCGGCACCAUCAUCGUCGUUGAAGAUCGCGUAACUGAAAGAGUAUCAAACAAUUCGCGCCUAGUCGGAAAAUUACAAGGAUUUUACGUGACCGCGUCUCGAGAUUCACAAAGCGUCAAUAUUUAUGUCAGUUUAGCUUUCACCACUGGAGCAUUCAAUGGUAGUACCUUGGAAAUCCAAGGACGGAGCUUAAAAUUAGCCAAGGUAAGAGAAUAUGCUAUAAUCGGUGGAACUGGAAAGUUCCGAUUUGCCACCGGUUACGUCACCUUCGAAACGAUAUUUCUUGACCAAACCACUUUGUAUAACAUCGAAAGGGUCAACCUCACGGUUGUAUACGGUUGCUAUUGAGGAGCGAUUGACGAUAAUUAUAAUUGACUGCUGGUUAAUUCAUCUGAUGCAUAAUUUGUUGUUCUCUAAAUAAACUAAGCCAGCUUAAUUGCUGUUGCAAUGACUAUAUGUAUUACCACAUGUUAAGCUAAAUAAAUCCAGCAUACUUGCCAAUGUAAUCAAAAUAUGUAAAAGUUAAUGAAAUUAAGAUCGUUUGUUAAUGUGCU